AUGUUCGCUGGACUCCGCACCGCCGCCCGCCCCAUGGCUGCCUCCGCCCGCCAGGCCCGCAUGUACUCUUCCGCCGCUAAGGCUGCCCCGGCCGCUGGCCCCAACCCCGUCGUCAAGUUCCUCAAGGACAUUCCUGUCGACGUCUACCCCCUUUGUGGCCUUGUCACCAUUGUUGUUUCUGCCUCCUUCUACAUGGUCGGCCACCACCUUAUGGACCCCCACCUCCGCCUGCUUCCUCAGGGUGCGACCCCCAUCCCCAACCUCAACCUCAAGAAGGAGUAA